CAUUAGAAUGUGCGCACGCGGGUCCGUUUUAGGUGGUCAUUAAGUCAAGUGCAUGCGAGCGUGCCAGUCCAGAACUGAUUUGUGACUAGGCUAAAGUGACGUUGUUUAUGGGCCAUUCUAUACGUCACUAGACGUAAAUUAAGUAUGUUUAAUUUUUUUUCUUUUACUAUUAUUGCUGUUUUUAUUUUUUGUUCUAAUGGACAGUAUUUUUUGUUUCUUGACUUGCUUUUGUAAUUUUAGAAGACCGCUAAGAAAAUAUUAGUUCAGUUAGUCUAAAAAGCGAAAGGUUUUAUUUGAAUUUAGUAGGUAGUUUAAAAGAAGAGAGCAUCCGUACAGAAAAAAGGCAUGUGACACGCACGAGCCGCCUCGGUUUCUCGUUGAACGAUCAAGUUACGUGGAGAGGGAAAUGUUGCAGUGAAUGGAGAGGGCAGACGGAGUAGCUCGCGCGUGUAAGAGCGCGAGCGAGUGAGAGAGACUGCAGCAUCAUUUGAGGGACGCUCUCAUGCAGUGCGGUAGAACGUGCAGGUGAGGGGAGGAGGAGUCGCGUGGACCGAGAAUGCGGGACUUGGAAAAGACGCAUAUCUCGCGGAGCAGUUCUCACACGUCGCCGCGAGCUCCUGGGGAAUUACUUUUUGGUUGUCCUUCGGCGACCCGCUUUCCGCCGAACCGAACGAGCUUGUUUUAGAACGCGCGUGAACUCGAACUAAACGCACGCUCUUGUUUCUCAAGUUGACCGUAAGGGAAUCGAAACGGUUCGCGCACGAGCGGGCGGACUGCGAGGAGUCGUUCGCUGUGUUCAAAGGUAAGAGGACGAAAAAUCGUCGGGAAGGACUUUUAAAUGCACGUGCGGCCGGGGCUUUUUUCCCCCCGCUGAGAACAAAGCAGUUUGUAUGUGAGUGAGUAGAUGUGAAAAGCGUCCCGAGCUGAAGUCACGGACAGAUCGCUUUUGUGUGGUGCUGCAUUGCAGUUUAAAACAGUGAAAGCGCUCCGUCGCAUCUAAAUGAACCGGAAAAAGUCAGCGAAACUCAUGAAUUAGCUGCAUUUUGCUUCUUGAAAGAUGAACGGAAUAUCUCCUCUCGUGGGGUUGAAAACGAUUGGAUUUUAUCACGGGCGAUAAGAUGGGCUGUCGGUUAACAGGAUACUUCAGUUCCGUUUGGUGAACGUGUGUGGUGGCGGGGGGGUGGGAAACCAGGACCGAAAUCUUGCAGCGUACCGGCCGUUCCGCCAAUUAUUCAUAAGCGAACUGGUCAGGAGCCUACUGCUUUGGGCAAGAGGAAACUGCGGAGAACGAGCGAGCGAGAGAGAGAGGGAGAGAGAGAGAUAGAGAGAGAGAGAGAGAGAGAGAUAGAGAGAGAGAGAGAGAGAGAGAGAGAGAGAGAGAGAGCGAGAGAGAGAGAGGGGAAGACAGCAAUGGGGAGGCAGAGUGUUGGCGCAGUGCACUCGGCGCUCUGCUGCUGCCUCGUGCUUUCCCUGCAGCUGCUGAGUCAGCUCCCGCGUGUCGACUCAGCGCUGCGCUACCGCGUAGCAGAAGAGGGACCGUCCGACGUGCGCAUCGGGAACGUGGCUGCAGACCUCGGUCUCUCCACCUCCGGCAUCGGCACGGGGGACGUGACGUUCGCGCUGGAAUCCGGCGCGGAGUACUUCAAGAUAGACAACGUUACCGGGGAGCUGACCACUAACAGUCGCCGGAUAGACCGCGAGAAGUUGCCCCAGUGCCAGAUGAUCUUUGACGAGAACGAGUGCUUCCUGGACUUCGAGGUGUCUGUGAUUGGCCCGUUGCAGAGCUGGGUGGAUCUGUUCGAGGGGCGUGUAGUGGUGACAGACAUCAACGACAACACGCCCUCGUUCCCCUCGCCUGUGCUCACGCUCUCCGUGGAGGAGAACCGGCCAAUCGGCACGCUCUAUCUUCUCCCCACCGCCACAGACCGCGACUUCGGCCGCAAUGGCAUUGAUCGCUAUGAGCUCGUCCAGGACGGCCGGGACGGGAGCCAGUCGUCGCGGCGACCUGCGAGCGUGCAGGCGGGAGGGAACGGUGGUGACAGGAGGCGGGCCAUGGAGGUGGGGCUUGUCCCGGGUGGGAGGAGCAGUGUGUUUGAGCUGCAGGUGGCUGACACACCCGACGGGCAGAAACAGCCCCAGCUGAUUGUGAAAGGCCCGCUGGACCGGGAGGCAAGGGACUCCUACGAGCUCAUGCUUCGUGUGCGAGACGGCGGCAGUCCGCCCCGCUCCUCCCAGGCACUGCUCCGCGUGUCCAUCACCGACGUCAACGACAACAACCCACGCUUCGAGCGGACGGUGUAUGAGGCGGAGAUGGCGGAGAACACACCGCCCGGGACGCCGGUCCUGCAGGUGCGCGCCUCGGACCGCGACGUGGGCGUGAACGGGCAGGUGGAGUACGUGUUCGGGGCGGCUACGGAGUCGGUGCGGAGGCUGCUCCGUCUGGAUGAAGCGACCGGCUGGCUCAGCGUCCUGCACCGCAUCGACCGGGAGGAAGUGUCGCAGCUGCGUUUCACAGUGACGGCGCGGGACCGCGGGCAGCCCGCGCGCUCCGACCGCGCCAGCGUUGUGCUCGGCGUCCGUGACGAGAAUGACAAUGUGCCCCUGGUGGAGAUCCGCAAAAUCGGACGCAUCCCAGUACGGGACGGCGCGGCCAUGGUCCCGGAGAACGUCCUGGUGGACACGCCCGUGGCGCUGGUCCAGGUGUCAGACCGUGACCAGGGCGAGAACGGCGCCGUCACAUGCACGGUGGUGGGCGACGUCCCAUUCACACUGAAGCCGGCCGGCGAGACGGCGCUCGCCCCUCCCCCAGCCAGCGAAGACGCUUUCGAGCGCAACAGGAAGAAGUUCUUCCUCCACACGUCGGCACUGCUAGACUACGAGGCCACGCGGGACUACAGCGUCACCAUCGUGGCCGUGGACUCCGGUAGCCCCAGCCUGUCCAGUAACAGUACCCUAAUGGUGCGCGUGGUGGAUGUCAACGACCACGCCCCCGUCUUCGCCCAGAACCUGGUGGAGGUCCACUUUGCUGAAAACAACUCCCCAGGCGAGAGGGUGGUCACCGUGGUGGCCACCGAUGCCGACAGCGGCAAAAACGCGGAGAUUGCGUACUCGCUGGAUCCUUCGGUGAACGGCGCAUUUUAUGUAGACGCGGAUAACGGCGACAUCCGUGCAUCCGGCACGCUGGACCGAGAGCAGUGGGAGAGGUACGAGUUCCGAGUGAUCGCCCGGGACAAGGGCUCGCCGUCGUUGCAGGGCUCCACCACGGUUGUGGUCCAGAUCACCGACAGGAACGACAACUCCCCCAAAUUUGUCCAGGAGGUCUUCACCUUCUACGUCAAAGAAAACCUGCUGGCCAACAGCCCCGUUGGCAUGGUGACCGUCACCGAUGCCGACGAGGGCGAGAACGCGGAGCUGAGCCUGUUUGUGGAGGAGGACGAGGAGGAAGGUAGCGUGGACAGAGGAAGCAGGAGGCCAGAAAGGUUCUCCAUCGAGAACAACACCGGUACCAUUUUCUCCGCUGCGUCAUUUGACCGCGAGAGGCGCAGCAGCUACACAUUCCGCGUCCGAGCCGUGGAUGCUGGGGACCCGCCCCGCUCCUCCACUGCCACCGUCUCCCUCUUCGUCACGGACGAGAACGACAACGCUCCGUCCGUGACCGCCCCUACCAACGAGUCCUACACCCUUCUGCCGCCAGCCAGCGGGGCGCGCACCGUCGUGCGCACGGUCAGCGCCGCCGACGGCGACGCGGGCUCCAACGCGGACCUGCGCUUCUCCCUGGUGGGUGGGAACCCCUUCCAUCUGUUUGAGAUUGGGUCGAGUAGCGGGGUCAUCACCCUGGCAGAGCCCCUGGAGAGGAGACACAGGGGGCUGCACCGGCUGGUCGUGCGGGUGAACGACAGUGGCGUCCCUUCUCUCUGCACCACCGCGCUUGUCCACAUCUUCAUUAACGAGAGCCUCACCAACGCCACACUGGUGGAUGCACAGGUGGCACGGAGCCUGGCUGUCCCCCUAUCCCUGGACAUCGCAGGCGACCCCGACAGCGAGCGCGCGCUGGGGAAGCAGCGUCUGAGCGUGGCCAUCGGCGUGCUGGCGGGUGCCGCGGCCGUCAUCCUCGUCAUCCUCCUGGUGGUCACGGCGCGUCACUGCAGCCCGCAGGGGAAGAACGGCUACGAGGCGGGAAAGAAGGAGCCAGAGGAGGACUUCUUCAGCUCCCAGCCGCCACCGCUCCACGCGCAGGCCGACCGGGGCCGCAAGCCCCGCCGGGACAGGCGCGGCGUCGCCACCAGCAGCGGCAGCGGGGCCAAGGCUGAGCGUUCGCUCUACGGAGGCAUCGUGACGGUGGACGAGGAGGACGAGGAUGGCCAGGUGAGCGGCGCAGGUGAGCGCAUGGCUGCCCGCUACUCCGGAGACCCUAACAGCCCCCGUCUGGGCGCCCACCGGCACCAAUCCAGCCCGGACCUGGCCCGCCACUACAAGUCCAGCUCCCCGCUGCCUGCUGUUCACCUGCUGCCCAACUCCCCCCCUGCUGAGGGCAAAAAGCACCAGGCUGUGCAGGAACUGCCCCCGUCCAACACCUUCACGGGCAAUGGCGGCGGUAACGCAGACACCAUGUCACUGGGCUCCGACCAGUGCUCUGACUACAGCUGCCAGAACGCCAAGUAUACCAAACAGCCCCUGCGGAGGGUGACAUUCUCCGUGGCAAGCCAGCCCCAGGAUCAGUGUUGCUAUGACAGCGGGGUGGAGGAUUCAGAGACCCCGAGCAGUAAGAGCUCAUCAGGACCGCGCCUCGGGGUGUUACCCCUGCCUGAGGACAGUUACGAGAGGACAACACCAGAGGGCAGUGUGGGGGAAGAGGAGCACGUGGAGAAUGACCCCAGACAGCUCCCUGAUGUCACCCUGACAGGGAAGUGUACAAGUGAGUGUGAUGAGUUUGGUCACUCUGACACCUGCUGGAUGCCUGUGCCCGUGUCACCGCGGAGACGACUCGAGCCACCCCGACUCUCCACCUUCGCCGUGCCGGGCGACAACAACAACAACCACGAGGGCGACAGCGAUCGGGACGAGGAGGAUGAGGAGGAGGGCGAGGAGGAGGGCUCAGACCAGGGCAGCGGGGGCGACGCCCAGGACACCCGCGACCCUCUGGCCAACGGCGCCCCGCUGGGAACGCUUCGCCGCGGUGACCGCAACAGGAACAUGGGCGACCACAACCGCAACUUGCUGAACCGCAAAAUGACGUCGGCAUCGUACGACACGUUCAGCAGUGCGGGUUUCGGACCGCACCUCCACGAGCAGGACCCGCCCCAGCAGUCCGAGGUCAUCCCCCUCACCAGGGCGGGGGUCGGGGACUUCAGGACCACCUCGUGCCUGACCUUGUCCCGCAGGGAGGUGUACCUGUGAUCACCCGGGCCACGGGUACCCUGCAGCACAUGAGCUACCCAGGACUGUUCAGGACAGACACGAGCACACUCCUGUUUGAAACAGCUGUGCUCUUCAUGCCAAACUAACCAAACACAAGACAGCGUCAUCAUUCGUAUAUUUCUCUGGAGUAAAGAAAUCUGAGGCGAGCGUUUGGUACGAGGCGUCUUCUUGACUUGCAGAGGAACCAUGAACUCUUUAAAAGUAGUUACAUGCAUGUUUGGUCUCCUGCAGAAAGGAGGCACUGUUGUAAGGGAUAUCUGGCAUUCUGUUACUGAGUCCUCACCUUCUCCAUUCACUCCACUUAUAGACAUCCUGCCAAUCAGACUGCUGUCAUGUCAUGAAUAUGCAACCAUUCAUUUAGGGCUGAGGAACAUGAAUGAAAUGAAACCAUGCCAACCAAUCAUUUAGCAGCUAACGAGUCAAGCCUGCGUAUUAAAAUAUACUGACGUUUCUCAUCAACAUUCAUAGAUUAGGGUCACGUAAACACUCAAAAGACACUGGCUGUUUCUUCUGCUGUUUCUUUGUUUUCCUGGGCACACAGGACAGCUGUUGGGCAGGGACUGUAAUAGACGGGUUUUUAAUCAGAGUGGUCAUGAGGGGAGAGCUCACAAUUUCUUACACUUCUACUGUCAGUGGAAGGAACUUUUUUUUUGUCAGUGACUGAGUGUCGCAGCUUUCAGUGAGCAGCUCUGUGGAACUACGGAACGUUUCUCAGCUCCUUGGAACUACGGAACACAUCGCAGCUCCGUGGAACUACGGGACACAUUGCAGCUCCGUGGAACUACGGAACGUUUCUCAGCUCCUUGGAACUACGGAACACAUCGCAGCUCCGCGGAACUACGGAACACAUUGCAGCUCCACAGAACUACGGAACGUUUCUCAGCUCCGUGGAACUACGGAUCACAUCGUAGCUCUGCAGAACUACGGAACGUUUCUCAGCUCUGGGGAACUAUGGAACGUUUCUCAGCUCCAUGGAAGUACAAAACACUUCUCACUCUGUGUUGUCCCCAGUGAAUACUUUUCCUUCUGUCCUGUGUCGUCUUGCACUGAGCAAAACAAAACAAAACAAAACAAAAAAACAAAACACAUUUACAUGCUUACACUGCACGCAACAACAGUAAUCAUAACACAUCCAUGCAUAUGUGUGUGUGUGUGUGUGCACACGUUUGUGUUCUCGCGUGCGAGUGUGUGUGUUUUCAAACUGCCUAUUUUGCUGCACUGUAGCUUUGCUGGGAUUUGCUCACUUCUGCUUGCUUAAACUUCCGAGCGCACAUAACAACAUUCAUCUAGUAGAAGAUCUAGUCAUCUGUUAAGAACAUAUUUCAGGGCAUUAAUGAUGUUCCAGGCUCUUCUGUACUAUCCAGUAUACAAGUAAUAUAUAUCAUCUUUUAAAAGUAGAACCCAUAGGUAUACCAAAUUUCUGUAUAAAUGACAAAUGACACUGCAUGACUGUAAGCUAAUGGUUAUUUUGAUAAAAAAUAGAAACCUUUUUUUCUAGGGAUGUAAUCUCUUUAGAUAGUGUGUGUGUGUGUGUGUGUGUGUGUGUGUGUGUGUGUGUGUGUGUGUGUGUGUGUGUGUGUGUGAGAAUAUCCCUCGGAGGAGGGAGGUGAAGAGACAUCACCUUAAGCAGGGAAUAUCACAUAUGAGAACAAACUGAAGCGAUGCAGGUAUCCACAUCCUCCUUUCACAAACCUUUGUAUAACAGUGGUGUUGUAUAACAGUCCUGGUGAAAACCUGAGCUAUUUGUUUGUAUUACACUUACAGGUUUAUUAUUGUAUGACAAUGUUGUCUUUUGCUGAUCCUAAUCCCAGAUGAGACUGACCGUCUGCUCUGACUGUCGAGGCUCUUUUUAGUUAGCACUGUUUAGACUGUUUAGACUGGGUCUGGGGUACCUGUUUUGACUGGGGUCCCUGUUUAGACUGGAGUCCCUGUUUAGACUGGGUCUGAGGUCCUUGUUUAAACUGGGGUCCAUGUUUAGACUGGGCCUGGGGUCCCUGAUUAGACUGAGGUCCCUGAUUAGACUGACGUCCCUGUUUAGACUGGAUUAAGAUCCCUGUUUAGACUGAGAUCCCUGUUUAGACUGGGUCUGGGGUUCCUGUUUAGACUUGAGGUCCCUGUUUUGACUAAGGUUCCUCUUUAGACUGGGGUUCCUGUUUAGACUGGGUUUGGGGUCACUGUUUAAACUGGGGUCCAUGUUUAGACUGGGUCUGGGGUCACUAUUUAGACUGAGGUCCUUGUUUAGACUGGGCCUGGGGUCCCUGAUUAGACUGGGGUCCCUGUUUAGACUGGGCCUGGGGUCCCUGUGGGUUUGGUGCACGUGAUGAGAAAUGGGAUUUGUGCACCUUUAUAACUUUUCUAUAUGCAUCUCACUAACACUCAGGUGACCUGAGACUCGGUGUGUUCAUAGCCCUGCGAGCCAGUUUCAUCUCUCCAGAUCAAUCUCUCUCUCCCUCUCUCCCUCCUGCAUUCCUUUCGUCCUUCCUGCCUCCCACUCUCCUUCUAUCUCUCUCUCCCUCUCUCUCUUCCUCUCCUUCCAUCCCUCUGUCUAUUCCUUUUCUGUGCUUGUAGGGUUGUGGGGCAGUUUUUUUCUGACUCCUACCAGAAACACUUGCCCCUCCCUCCUGAGGGUGUUUAGGGUGUGUGUUUGGCCCCUCCCUCCUGUGGGAGUUUAGAGUGUGUGUUUGGCUGCUCCCUCCUGUGGGA